AGCAGUUUGGCGUGUGUGUGUGCGUGGUUUACGUCCUUCUCCACCCGUAAUCCUUCGAUCCCUGGAACAGCAUGUCACCCAAGGCUCUGUCCAACCUGGCCUUGAACACUGCCAGGGAUGGAGCAUUCACAACUUCUUUGGGCAACCCAUUCCAGUGCCUCACCACCUAAGGAUGCCUAUGGUAUAACUUGCCCAUCACAGGUGGUGUGCUGGCCAGGGCUCCUGCCCCAGGUCUAGCAGCAUCUUCAGGCAGGCACUCCCUGUAGCACUGCUGCCUGUGAGCUAAGCAAGCCCUUGUGCUGCUUCUGGAAAGAAAGGUGGAGAAAGCUUGGAAACUCAGAAUGAGAAAAAUGUAUAUUUAAGUACUGGUAGGUUUAAUUAGUAGGAACAUCACAGUAUACAGAUACCAGGGCUAUUGCAAUUGAAAACAGGCAUUUUAAAAUCAGACGUGAUCAUACCUUCUCCGGCAAACCUCAGUAUUUCUCUGGUGUUGGCAGUAGUGCCACUUACUUGCUGAUACUUAUAGUAAAUCUGACAUCAUUUAAUGAUACAGUAAUUAAACAGAAGAGAUCCCCUGUUGUUUUCUUUUAUUUCAUGGUAAGGGUUCCUCAGAAAAACUACAAAAGGUAUAUUAAAAAAAAAGGAUUAAAUUCAUCUUGUGCAGACGGAGUAGCUUGAAGGCAGACCUUUGACACCAGCGAGGAUUGUGCCACCCUGCUAACCAGGAACAGGAGCUGCCUCAGAGGGAAACUGUCAGGAUAGGAGGCAGAAAGGGAAAAGUGAAUCACCGAACAUUCUUCUCUGUCUUUUCAGACCUGAGACCAAACGCGGGUUUUAAAGGCCCCACCUGUGCAACAGCAAACUCCUGCUUCUGCUAAGACUGCUGGUAAAGAGCCAUCAAACACAGCACAGAGGUGCAGCACUCCCAGCUGGAAGAGAAACAUUCCCAGGAUACCUAGCCCUUUGCCUUGCCAUGGCCACAAAAGCCACUGGCUCUAAGAAAUACCUCCAGCUGCUCCUUUUCCAGGCUGCUCUUCUAGGGCCUGUCUUCUGUGGGAAAGUGCUGAUCUGGCCAACAGAAGGCAGCCACUGGCUGAACGUGAAGAUAGUUAUAGAUGAGCUCAUCCGCCGUGGGCACAAUGUUACUGUCCUGGUAUCCAACGCUUCCCUCUUCAUCCAGUCCAGGGCUGACGCCAUGGAGAAGUUUGAGGUCUAUAAUGUGCCCUUCAAGAAGGACAUCAUUGAGAACAUGAUCGAGGAUUUUGUGGCACUGUGGGUGAACAACAGGCCAACCGCCCUGACCUUCUGGCAGUUUUACAGGAAGCUGGGGAAACAGUUCAAGAGCUGGCACCACAUGAACAGGCUGAUGUGUGAUGCGGUGCUAACCAACCACGAGCUGAUGGCCCACCUGAAGAGCUCUGGCUAUGACCUGCUGCUGUCAGACCCGGUGACCCUCUGCGGGGACCUCGUGGCUGUCAAGCUGGCCAUCCCCUUCAUGUACUCGCUGCGCUUCUCUCCAGCCUCCACCGUGGAGAGGCACUGCGGCAAGAUCCCAGCACCACCAUCCUAUGCGCCCGCGGCCCUGUCCGAGCUCACCGACCACAUGUCCUUCGGUGAGAGGAUAAAAAACAUGUUGUCUUACCACCUGCAAGACUUCAUUUUCCAGAGCUACUGGGGAGAAUGGGACAUCUACUAUAGCAAGAUCUUAGGGAAGGUGUUGGUCUGGCCGGCUGACAACAGCCACUGGCUGAACAUGGAGUCCAUACUCCAGGAGCUUGUGGUCCGGGGCCACGAAGUGACCGUGCUGCUGCCUUCAUGCUUCCUCAUCCUCAACGCCACACAGUCCUCACCCUUCCAGUUUGAGGUGAUUGAGGUGCCGAUCACCAAAAAGGAGAUAGCUACCUUACUGCAAGAAGCUUUCUAUUUUUGGUUUCACGAGGAGAGAGCGCAACCCCUCUGGAAAGGUGUUUACAAGAUGGCUCAAAUGCUGUCUAAGAUGGAGAAGGUAACCAAAAUCAUUUGCGAUGAAGCCCUGAACAAUAAGGCACUGAUGAAGAGACUGAAGGCGUCCAACUUCGAUGUCCUCUUGGCAGACCCACUGGCACCCAGUGGGGAGCUGAUUGCUGAGAAGCUGGGUAUCCCCUUCGUGUAUACCAUCCGGUUCUCCAUGGGCAACACAGUGGAGCGGCUUUGUGGGACACUCCCAGCACCUCCUUCCUACGUACCAGCCAUCAUAAGCCGCCUAACAGAUAGGAUGUCCUUCCUGGAAAGGCUAAAAAACAUCUUCGCCUACGCUGCUCAGGAUUUCGUGUAUCAUUACUUUUUCUGGGCAAGCUGGGAUCAAUACUACACUGAUGUACUAGGGAGGCCCACAACCCUGUGUGAGACAAUGGGGAAAGCAGAGAUAUGGUUAAUCAGGACCUACUGGGAUUUUGAAUUUCCACGUCCUUUCCUGCCCAACUUCGAGUUCGUUGGAGGACUUCACUGCCAGCCCGCAAAGCCGUUACCAAAGGAAAUGGAAGAAUUUGUUCAGAGCUCAGGGAAACAUGGCAUUGUGGUGUUCUCUCUAGGGUCGAUGGUCUACAACCUAUCUGAUGAAAAAAGUAAUAUCAUUGCCAGAGCCCUCAGCCAGAUUCCACAAAAGGUCCUCUGGAGAUACAAAGGAAAAAAACCAGAAACUCUUGGCUCCAACACCAGGAUUUAUGACUGGAUACCCCAAAAUGACUUGCUUGGCCACCCCUUGACGAAGGCCUUUAUUACUCAUGGUGGGACCAAUGGGAUCUAUGAAGCUAUCUACCAUGGGAUCCCGAUGGUUGGGAUUCCCAUGUUUGCCGACCAGCAUGACAACAUUGCUCAUAUGAGGGCAAAGGGAGCUGCAGUCGCGCUGGAUUUCAGCACACUGACGACGCAGGAUUUAGCUGAUGCACUGAAGACAGUCCUUAACAAUUCCACUUAUAAAGAAAAUGCUCUAAGGUUAUCAAAGAUACAUCACGACCAGCCAGUUACGCCUCUGGACAGAGCUGUCUUCUGGGUUGAAUUCGUCAUGCGUCACAAAGGAGCAAAGCACUUGAGACCAGCUGCUCACCAUCUCACCUGGUACCAAUACCACAGCCUGGAUGUUCUGGCAUUCUUGUUCACCUGUACAGCCAUUGCUGUCUUCAUUCUUGUCAAAUGCUGCGUAUUUUGCUGUAGGAAAUGUGGCAAAGGGAUUGCAAAGAGGAAGAAAGAAUAAACAUCCUGUCCCGCCAGCACUUUUUCUUCUCCUAGGCCCAUUCAGCAAGGCAUUUAUCAUGAAGCACCCCGUUGAACUGGGUCAUACUAAAAAGCUGUUGUGGGGCAGGGCUACUUGCUUAACCACCACCAAAUUCCUUCUGGCCUAAAUAGGAUCAAAUUAUAGCUGCUUUAUCCCUUGAGACCCCUUUAGCUGAUCACACACAUGGUCUAUAGAAUGGUAAUUGCUGCUCUAACUUUUCAAAUUCAUGUUGGUACGUUUCACAAAUUCAGCCUUCCCAUCUGUGGUACUGUGGGUCCCUUAAUCUGCAUCUAGUCUCCUUACCGUAACUCUGUCCUCUCCUGUAACAACACCCAGGUUUGAUGAUUCGCAAUCAAAAUGCCUCUCCUGUCAGAAUAGCUCUCUCCAAAUCGGACAAUCAUGGGCUCCUAAAAAGCACCCAUCUGAAUGACCAAGAUCAUGAAAAACUGGGAGCUGUAAGUGCCUGGCGAAGCCUGUAUCAUCACAUUUUUACAAAUGCACUGACUACUUGGCAACUGAAUGGAGAUCAGAGUCCCAAAACCAACAGAGAAAUUACUUUGCUGGGAAUGAUUUCUCUUUUCCAUUCACUCUGGAGUCCAGCUGCAUAGGCCACUGUUCUAACUGCAAUACCAGGAAAGUGUGAAAACCAGCUCUGCCAGGAACUUGCCCAUCUUAGUCCCGCAAAUGCCUCUGAGCCAUGGUAACUCAUAAUGCAGGAAAACCUCCAGAUAUGGAAUUUGCAAAAAAGUAACACUACAUGUGGGAACAUGAAACAGUCACUUGCCUUGCCUGAAAUUUGGGGGGAAAAUAAUGCUGCUCUUGGCUCAGGUAAGAGUGGUAGUAAAUGCAGCACUCCUGCAAUUGUUCAAGGUGCACUUACUGUUGAAAGCCUGCUAAAAUUACGCUAGCUCGGGCCUCCUGUUCUAGGCAAGGUUAUUCCACUGCUGUGCCAGCUUACUCAAGAAGGAACCUCUCCCAGUUUUAACUGAUAUUUGUGGUAUUCUGAAUGCUGCAAAAUUGUUUUCAAAUAGAAUAGGCUGAGAAAACAUGGCUUACUUGUUUACAUAAUAAAAUUCCCUACAUUGCAUUAACUUUAUUAGCAUUGUGAAUGGCUUCAAUGUCUGCUCAAAUCCCUUCAUACUACAACGUUUACAAAAGCUCAAGUGAAUUGCUUUGAAACUAAAGAAGGGUUAGAACAAGACUAGUGCUUCUCAUGGUAACUUCUGCUACACUGUUCCUAUGGUCAUGAUGGGAUCAUAUGCAGGAAGACGCACACUGAAAUAUGCAUAGGGAAGAGAAAGCGGCCAGCCUAACACUCAGGCCGCAGAUCUGAAAGGUUUUGCUGUCACUGUUCAUAGAGCUGGAUCCCGAGGCACAGCUCCACCACGCUUGAUCACUAACAGCCCCCAUCACCCAGCUUCUGCUAGCCAAGAUUUGCCAAGAUGUCAGUUUGGUUGCCAGUAGGCCAGCAAGCCUCUUAGCACGCUACUAGGACACUGGUCACAUAGGGCUAACUAAGGACACAGGAAACAGGAUAGCUGGGAAGGGCUGGAUGAGAAAGUGCUCUGCAGUCACUUUACAGAGGAGCUUCUUUUCUGUAACUUAUUCAGAAAAAUUUGGCUUAUUUAGCAUUGAAUUCAAAAAACAAAGGUAAAACAAACCAAACCCAA